UCUGGUUGGCUCACGGUGAGUCGGUUACAUUUUGGAGAGUUGGUGCGAGCUGGCUAUUGAUUUUCAGAGAUGUGUUGCUGAUAGUGACUGGCACAGACAGUUAAAGAGUUUUUCUUUUGAUUUAAAUGAUUACUUUUCUUUUUUCCACUGUUGGAUUAAGACAACUCAGCCCAAAGAGACACACAGAAUUCAUUAUCCCUGGAUUAGUUUUUGGGAUAAACUGACAGUUUGGAUCCAAGAGCCUUGAAGUUAUUAUUGAUGUGCAGCGGCAAAUUAACAGGGCUUCUACAAAUUUGAAUUCAAAUUCAAAUGAUGUGACACUUUGGUUUCUUGGGAACAUUCAAUAUCUGUAAACAAAGUCUGGCAGUUACCAUUAAAAAGUGACAGAAGAAAAGAAAACUCAGGAGAAAAAGAAGCAUAUAUUCUAAUUUUGUGUAACACAAAGGCAGCUGUACAAUUUGAUCGUUGUGACGUUUUCAUCCUUUGAAUUUUAACGAUGUCUGAGGAGGAACAGACGAGUCCGAUGAUGGAUAAAGACAAGGAACCAGUGCCUGAUGGGACAGGAAGUGCUCCCAGUGACGGAAAGAAAAGUCGCCUGGACCGAAUAAAACGAAUCAAAAUGGGCAAAAAAGUGAAAUCUUGUCACUCCUGGGGUAAGGAGAACUUGUUGCUGGUCCUGACCAUCGGCGGGGUCUUUAUGGGAAUUAUCCUGGGCAUUGCACUCCGGGCUGCUGAACCUUCCAAAGAAGCCAUCCGACUGAUAGCUUUUCCUGGAGAUAUACUCAUGAGAAUGCUCAAAAUGAUGAUUCUACCUCUCAUUGUCUCAUGUAUGAUUACAGGUUUGACCUCAAUGGAUGUCCACUCGAGCGGUAAGAUGGGUCUGCGGGGCGUGCUGUACUACUUUGUCACCACCUUCCUGGCCAUCAUCCUCGGGAUCAUUCUGGUGGUGUCCAUCCACCCAGGUGACAAGGCCAACAUGCCGGAGGAAGACGAGGACGCUGAGAAACUCGGCGAUGACCGAGUCAGCUCACUGGACGCCUUCCUGGACCUCAUCAGAAACAUAUUCCCCGACAACAUUAUACAGGCCGGUUUUCAGCAUUUAAUGACAACCUACACAGACAAAACGAAGCUGAAGAAGGUGUACAUCACAGUGACUCAGCAAGACGCGCUGGAUCUGAACCUGACAGACCGCGUGAACAUGAGCCUGGGUCUGGCUCUCAGUGAGAAGUGGCAGGAACUGGUUCGCAUGAACAAGUCAGACAUGUUCAACUCCACCAAGCUGUACUACAAGGAACCUUACAUGUUCACGGACCAGAAACAGAGUCUCAGGAACGGCAUCAAUGUGUUAGGAAUCAUUGGAUUUUUCACUGCCUUUGGAAUGUUGCUGAGUAAGAUGGGAGAGAAGGGAAAGAUAAUGGUGGAUUUCUUCUCCAUUUUGAACCACAUCAUCAUGGAAAUGGUGAACAUCAUCAUGUGGUACUCUCCAAUUGGUAUCAUGUUUCUGGUGUGUGGGAAGAUCCUGGACAUUGAGGACCCUGGGGUGAUGAUGGAGCGCCUGGGGCUCUACAUGCUGACGGUCAUCCUCGGCCUCUUCAUCCAUGCCUUCAUCACACUCUCCCUCGUCUACUUCGCUGCCACCAGGAAGAACCCCUUCGUCAUACUCCGCGGUGUUCUCCAGGCACUCGUCACUGCAUUUGGAACAGGAUCCAGCUCUGCCACCCUGCCUGUUACGUUUCGUUGCUUGGAGGAAACCUUGCACAUCGACAGUCGCGUGACCCGAUUCAUCCUCCCUAUUGGAGCCACCAUUAACAUGGACGGGACCGCGCUGUAUGAAGCUGUGGGUCCGAUCUUCAUUGCUCAGAUGAACGACAUUGAACUCAGUUUUGGACAGAUCGUAAUUAUAAGCUUGACAGCCACGUGUGCCAGUAUAGGAGCUGCCAGUAUCCCUAGUGCUGGUCUCAUCACUAUGCUGAUGGUGCUGACCUCUGUGGGACUGCCCACUGAUGACAUCAGUCUUAUCUUGGCUGUUGAUUGGUUCCUAGACAGAAUCAGAACCGCCAUCAAUGUUUUGGGCGACAGUUAUGGGGCAGCUAUAGUGGCACACCUCUCUAAGGAGGAGUUGAUGGGGGCAGAGGUCCAUGCCACAGACCAGGAACUGGUGGUCAUCGAGGAGGAACCAGAAAAAUCCAAUGGAGAUGCUAAUGUAUACAAAUUGAAACCAGCAGGAAUAAUAGGUCUACCUCAGCGUCCGAAAGUCCAGACCGAGUCAACAACAGCAGGGACCUGAUUGUCUGUUCCCGCCAUCAACGUGACCCGGGAUCGUCUGCUUCAGCAAGGAGUUCGACGGUUGUUACUUCUGUCUCUCUCCAAGAAACGUGAUUUCCCCCUCUACAAACGGGUAGAAAGGAUGGCGAAUCUCAGCCUUUUCUUCACAACUGUCCUGGUUGUUCUUUUGGUUUCUGUUUAUCCCGGGGAAUCUAAGACUGUUCACAAGCGCAGUGUGUUCCAGAUGUGUGAGCUGGUCCAGUUCUACACGGGGAAUUCCUGCUAUGACUAUAACGAUUACGGUUGUUUCUGUGGGUACGGGCAGGUGGGUUACAAAGCGGUGGACAGGGUGGACGGAUGCUGCAGGAAGCACGAUUCGUGUUAUGGCCGGGUGAACUGUUACUUCGGGGCCCAGUUUGUGCCGUUUGUGACGUCAUGUAAUUCCACCACCCAGGAAUGUCAAUGCACGGACCCAGCUGGUUCCUGCGCCCGUGACGUCUGCGACUGUGACCUUGAGUUCGCCGCCUGUCUGCGGGGUCAACCGGUACACAGUGUGUUCAUGAACUAUGAUAGGACCCAGUGUAAACUCUCUCCUCCAAGACUCGUGGUUCAGGACUGACUUUGUACCCCAAUAAACGUCAUAUUCUGCUUUC